AUGACGAACAUGGCAGGAUGCGGCAUUCCAAAGGCAAAACAUGUCCAAGGGAUGCUAUUCGACAGUGGGAACGAGUACAACUUCAAAAGCGUACCCAUGCCGUUCCGCCCUGGAAUCAAAGAACCUGUUACUGUCGAUGACCUCUACACACCUUACUGGGUCCACUCUCAAGAUGAUUUCAAUGGAUGGGAAAACUUGGCAAAGCACAAACAACAAGUCACCAUUACGACUGAACACAACACUCGGUUCUAUGCCAUCCACUUUGCCGAUCAAGCAGAAAACUCCUCAAAAUUAUGGGAUUGA